AUGGCGCAGGAUACUGGGCUUUUCAGUGUCCGAAGACCGCGAGAGACACUGGGGAACGUUCAGAAUUAUACCUCAAUCCCCCAGCCAUCCUCAGCGCUCAAGCGAACUAGUACUGCUGCAAAUCUACAGAAUCCGCCUUUUACGUCUCAACAUGGCCGGCCCUCCUCUCUUGUCUCAUCGCUAAGCCGGCCUCAGCAGCCUGUUUUCCAUCGACAGUCUACAAGCAGUGGAAACUAUGGUAUAGAUGGUGGCCUAUCAAGCGUUCGACGUUCUGUGUCCCAUAACGUGCUCCACAGCGCAAAUGCUGGCCGUCAAAGCUAUGCGCCAAUGUCCAUGGCACCUCCCCCGCCACCUCAACUACAACGACGGAGCAGUGUCCUAUCGCGCCCGUCAAUGGGCCCUACUGCUGCCCAUCAAUCAUUUUUUGUCCAGGGGUCCAUCCCCGCGGGCGUGCCACGAGAUCCUCGGCCCUUGAGGGACCGGGGCUUCCAGGCGCGCAUUAGCCAGGAAAUUUUGGAAUAUUUAACGCGCAACAACUUUGAGCUGGAAAUGAAACAUUCCUUAACUCAGAAUACGCUGAAAUCACCGACCCAGAAGGACUUUAAUUACAUCUUCCAGUGGUUGUAUAAGAGGAUCGACCCUAGCUACCGGUUUCAAAAGAAUAUCGACACUGAGGUUCCACCUAUUUUAAAACAACUGCGCUACCCCUAUGAAAAGAAUAUUACAAAAUCACAAAUUGCUGCAGUUGGAGGCACGAACUGGUACACAUUUUUGGGUGUGUUGCACUGGAUGAUGCAGUUAGCUCAAAUGCUAGAUCGAUAUUACCAAGAUCAAUACGACUAUGCCUGCGCAGAGGCAGGUGUCGAUGUGACUGGUGAUCGCAUAAUUUUCCGCUUCCUAUCUGGCGCAUACCAUGACUGGUUACAAGGUGGUGAGGACGAGGAUGACGAAGUAGCAGAGCAGCGACUCGUCCCUCAUGUUGAAACCAUGGCAGCAGAAUUCGAGAAGGCAAAUGAGAAAUACGUGCAAGAGCUUCAGGCACUAGAGGAGGAGAACCGUUUACUUCGAGAUCAGCUUGAAGAACUUGAAAAGAAUGCUCCUGACAUUGCCAAGCUGGAUAAACACUUCAAGAUUUUGGAAGAUGACAAGAAAAAAUUUGAAGACUACAAUGGGAACGUUCAAGGGAAAAUCGAUAAGUACGAAAACCGCAUCAAAUUCUUAGAGGAGGAACUGGAGAAAAUAGACUUAGAGCUCCAAACCACCGAAGAUGACCGGAUCAGUCUGCAGUCAAGCGUUGAUAAACGAGGGAUUACAAUCCAGGAUAUCGAUCGCAUGAGUACAGAGCGAGAUAGGCUCCAGAAAAGUGUGGAGGAUAUCCUAGUGAGGCUCGAUGAGACUCAUGCAAAAGUUAUGGAGAAAGAAUCGGAAGCCAACUUGAAACUGGAGGAGUUGGAGCAAGUUACCAAGUCAUACAAUUCCCUAGCCUACCAAGCGGGCCUUAUUCCUUCCACCACAGCCAACGCCAAAGGGAUCGAGUUUGAGCUCUUCCUUAAUAUCAAUGAACAACUUGGGAUGUCUCAAAGCCACGCUGCUUCAGAAGGCGACAGGUUACUUGCUGAUGCGAAUACGGGAUAUCACCCAACAAAUCUCAUUAACCUAGAUCUUCGUGGUGUGGUUAGAAAUCAUCUGACUUCCCUACGCAAAGAAAUCAACGAACGACGAAAGAUUGCGCUGGAUGAAGAUAUGAACAGACGAGAUCUUCUUGAAAACAUUAAAGAGGCCAUGGAUGAGAAAAAGAGCGAGGUGGAAGCUCUAGAACAUCGACGCCGCGCCGCAGAAGAGGAAUUCGAGAAGACAAAAGAAAUAACAUCGACUCAGAAGCUAGCGUCUGACGCUCAAAUUGAAAAGAUGGAAAAGGAGCUCGCCAAAAUGCGUGCAAGCCUUAGCGAAAGCGUUCAGUUGAUGGAGCAGAGGGAAAUGAAUACCAAUAUUGAGCAUGAACAACUUGUUUUGCGCGCAAAUGCACUGCGCGAGGAGCUACAUACUGGAAUUGAAAGUAUGUUGAACGAUGUUAUCAGGUUUAAGGUUCAUGUGCAAAAGGGGCUGGAAGAUUAUGAGAGCUUCGUUGCAGAUGAAGUUGAACAAGAGCUAGGUGCGGAGGAUCUCGCUGAGGGAGGCCAGGAAGACCGUCCCCAGGAUGAAUAA